UGUAAAAUGCGCAGACACUGAGAAGGAGGCUCGAUAUGCUAGCAGCUUACUGUCUGCGAGAAGUUCACACCAGAUUGUUACAAUGAAACAUCGACCUGCCAUUAAACAAUCAAAUAAUCAAAAACUCAUCAUGAUUGGCAUAUUCGCAGAGGUCUAUCUAGUGGAUGGGGAAAUCAUUAGGAAAGCCCCUCGCAGCCACAGCAAAGAAGACGCCGAGCCAAUCCUUCGGGAGGCUACUAUCUACUCACUUAUCGGUGGUCAUCCUCGGAUCGCCCGGUGCCUCUCCCUAGGCCACCCCGACUACGUUGACAUCAAAUACUACCGACACGGGGAUCUUGUGACUUACUGCCGAGAAAACAAAGUUAGUCCCGAUCUACAAGCACGAUGGUUCCAACAGAUUAUCGAAGCAGUUAUUGUCAUCCACAAGCACGGCAUCAUCCACUCAGAUCUAGCAUUGCGACAGUUUUUCGUUGAUGACGACCUCAACAUCCGCCUUGGGGACUUCAACUCCUCCCAGUAUCCAGGACAUCCUGCAUUAGGCUAUGAGAAGGCAUCGCAUUGUCUCCCCAGGGACUAUGAGCUUCCAAACACAGUCACUUCAGAUCUAUUUGCCCUCGGGUCGACGCUUCAUGAGCUUGUGGCUGGCAGCCCUCCCUACCAAGAGCUAUACCCGAUCGAAACGCAAGACGUCGUGCAGUCGAGCGACCAUGCGGUCAUUAGGGCGCGGGUCCAGCGCCAACAUCUAGCAGACUGCGAGGUUGAGGAGCGAUUCCGGAACCAACUGUUCCCCGAUGUAUCAGGGCUUCGCGGUAGUGAUGUCAUUCUGGGAUGCUGGAGAGGACAUUUUUCUUCCGCAGAGGAGGCACUUUCUCAGUAUCUGUAUCUCACGGUUCAACCAGCUAGAUAA